GAUAGAAAAUAUGCUGAAAAAUUCCAAGGCCGUGAAUGUUCCCCAGGAUGGAACUGCGGUUAUGAGUACAAAUAUUCCGUAGAUGCACGCACUUUUACUGCAAUGCCCGAUAUUGCUAACCAAUAUGCCGGAAUCGUUCAACGUGCCUACAUUACCAUUCGCCCACGUAGCCAUCAUGUCUUGGUUGGUCGUAUUGUUAAGCCAGAAUAUGCUCAAUUCCAUGGUGAGCUUGCUUCUGACGAAACCUACGAACCACACCAAAAAGACUUGAAGUUCAAGCAAUGGCCCGUGAGUAGCACUCCUUUCGAGAUCUUCUUGAAAGAUGGCGCUAUUACACACAUGGCAUUCGACAAGACUGUCACUAAUGAAGAAGCUAACCAAAUUAAGGGUAUUGUCAGUCAAUUCCAAUUGGAUACUGAACAAGAAAAUCUCAUCAAGUGCCGUCACAAUCAAUUGCCACAAAAGGGUUUGUACAAUGCUUACUACAAAGUUAUGGAACCUUCCGUCACUGGAAAUUGCGAAACUGCUUACACUGUUUCUCCUUUCCCAAAAUACUUGAUCCAAAGUCACCCACAAUUGGCUCCUUUCCCAUCUUUGGCACACAAUGAUAACUUCUUCGAAGUUGUCAAGACCAAGAAUUACAGCAACUGCGAACAACGCAUGGGUUACCAUUAUGGAUUCACUCAAAUGAGUGACUUCAAGCCUGGCACCAACCAAAUGGGUGAUUUCUUCACUAAACACGCUGUUAGUCGCAUUGUUGCUUCUGGCUCAUGGAAAAACUACACUAUCCAAUCUUCUCACACAACCAACAAAUAUGUUCUUAGCCCAGCUAUGUAUGACGAAGAAAAGGCUGUCGUUUUCAGUCGUGUCAAUGUCACAUUGUCUGACUACAAGUACUUGGGAGAAGAAUUCCCUAAAGCCGCUCCAAAUCCAGUCAACACAUCUUUGGUUUACAGUUACAACUUGCCAAAUGAUAAAUACAACUAUGUCCGCGAAUACAAGAUUGAAGAAGAUUCUGAUAGCUCCUCAUCUUCUGACAGCAGUGACUCAUCUGAUUCAUCUGACUCUUCUGAUUCUUCCGAUAGCAGCGACUCUUCAGAUAGCUCAUCUUCUUCAGACAGCAGCGAUUCUUCUGAUUCCUCCGAUAGCAGCGAUUCUGAUGACUCUGACUCUAAAUCCGACGAAAAAGACAAUGAAAAAGUCAGCCCAGCUCAACAAUACAAGACUGAGAAGAGAUCAUCUGGAAAGAGAUCUCGUCGUAGCAUUACCAUUUCUCCCAAGAAACAAAAGGAAUUGUAUGCUGAAUAUAACAAAGAUCAACAUCGUUUAGAAAAGAACCAAACUUCUGACGAAAGCAGCAGUGAAUCCUCAAGCUCAUCUUCUGACAGCUCAUCUGGUGAAGAUGAAGAUAGCGAUGAUACCUCAAGCUCUAGCGAUUCUUCUUCUGAUUCUAGCGAUUCUUCUUCUGAUUCGAGCAGCUCAUCUGAAUCUGACAGUAGCGAUUCUGAUAGCGACUCAAGCAGCGAAUCUUACAGUUUCGAAAGCGACGAACAAUACUUCAACGAUAAACCCCAAAUGAAGAGUGCUCCCAACUCUCCAUUGUUGCCAUACUUUGUUGGAUACAAGGGAAAAUAUAUCCAUGCAUCUCAUGAUGUUGAUAUUGUUGCCGAAAUCCAAAAGAUGGCUAAGGAAAUCGCUGAUGAUAUGUACCGCCCAAGUCAAAUCCCUGAAAAGAACACUUUGGCCAAAUUCAACGUACUUACUCGCAUGAUCCGUACUUGCGACGAAGAAGAUCUCUUCAAAAUUGCCAAGGAAUUGUACUUUGACUAUGACAACGAUUAUCAAAACUCUGCAAGCCGUUAUUACAACUACUACUCCAAAUACUACAAACGUUAUGCUGCUUGGGUUGCAUUCCGUGAUGCAUGCGCACAAUCUGGAACUUUGCCUGCUUUCCGUUUCAUCAAGAACUCCAUCUUAGAAGGUACAUUCGAAGGUGAAGAAGCUGCUACUUUGUUGGCUCACUUCUCAAGACGCAUUCGUACACCAACUGAGCAAUACAUGAAGGAAUACUUUGAAUUCGCUACCAGCAGUGUUGUUCAAAAACAAGAACAUUUGAAUGUUACUGCUCUCUUGAGUUAUGCAUCUACCAUCGGAUAUUGUCAAGUUAGCAACCGCACCGCUUACAAGCAAUUCCCUGUUUACGCUUUUGGAUUCUUGUCUGAUCGUGAUUAUGAAGUUGUUGCUCUUCAAGCUAUUCCUUAUCUUUCCCACAAAUUGAAGGAAGCUGCUGCUGAACAAGAUAGCAGACGAUUCUUGGUCUACACUCGUGCUCUCGGAUACAUCGCUCAUCCUAAAAUCUUGGAUGUCUUCACUCCAUACUUUGAAGGACAAUACCCAGCUACUCGUUUCCAACGCUUGGCUAUCGUUGUUGCUUUGAACCGUUUGACUGACUUCUACCCAAGACUUGCACAAGCCACAAUGUACCAAAUCUACCAAAACAUCGCUGAGUACCACGAAGUUCGUUGUGCCGCCGUUUACAUGUUGUUCAAGACUGAGCCUUCAGUUGCUAUGCUCCAACGUAUGGCUGAAUACACUCAUCACGAUCCCAGCACUUAUGUUUCCGCUGCCGUUAAAUCUGCUCUUGAAUACGCCGCUGAAUUGGAUCAUGAAGAUCACAGUGACUUCGCUGCAAACGCUAGAGCUGCAUACCAAAUGGUUAGCAAAAAAGUUUACGGAAACCACUAUUCUCGCUACUAUGUCAGAGAUUACGUUGUCGAAGGACUUGAUUUGGCUUACACUCAACACACUCACUACUUUGGCAGUGACGAUCAUGCCAUGCCAAGUGCUUUCUUCCAUUCGUAUGAAAAGAACUAUGGAGGUUACAAGAGCUAUUAUUACCAAUAUCACUAUCUUUUCUCAAGCAUUGAUGAUUUGUUCAACGUUGCCAAAGAUCAAUUGGAAUUCGCCGAUAGUGCUGAAUACAAAGAAUCUCGCCAAAACAAAGCCAACAAGGAAUACAAAGAAAAAUGGUCUACUCAAAAGAUCGCCGAAUCUUUGAAGAUUCGCUACGAUGAAGCUGAAGAAUUGGAAGGUCAAAUCCAAUAUCAAUUGUUCGGACGUGAAUUCUUCCAUGCCUUCAACAACCAAACAAUCGAAUCUUUGCCAUACAAAGCUCGUCAAUUCUUGAAAUCUUACCAAAAUGGUCGCUCAAUCAACCACACUAAAUUCUACAAUGAUGAAGUCGUUACCGUUGCUUACCCAAUGGAAACUGGUUUCCCAUUCGUCUACACUUUCAAAACACCCAAAUUGGCUCACUUUGGCGGAUACGCUCAAUAUCGUCAACAACCCGAUUUCUCUGACAAGACUGAAGAUCGCUUCUACGUCCCAAGAGCCUUCAACGUUAGCGGAAACUUCUCCAUGCACUUCACAUCCAUGCUUGAUGCUAAAGUUGGAUUCUUCACUCCAUUCGAUCAUCAACGUUAUGUUGCUGGAUACCAAAAGACUUUCCACGCUCACGCUCCAUUCGCCAUGGAGGCUGAUGUUGACUUGGAAAAUGCUGAAGUACACAUUGAAGUUUACCCACAAUACGAAAAAGAAGACAACAAAAUCGCUCAUGUCAGCUGCAUUCCAUACACAGCUGUUAAGGAUAUCGCUGAUGUUCGCCCAGUUAAUGAUGCUAAGGACUUCAAGAUCAUCUACAGUCGCCCAACUGAAGAAAUGAAACAUCGUUUCGGAGAAGAAUACUUCGGAAUGUCCGUUGAAGUUGAAGCUAAGCACAACUACCGUUACAACGACUUUGCCGAAUGGUACAACCGUUUCGACAGACACGAUUUGGCCUCUGCCUUGUACUUCCCAUACUCUCACUUCCCUGCUCACUACUUCGAACUUGACGCCAAAUACGCUUUGGAUUACUCUCCAGCUCACAAAGUUGCUUUCCGUUACUCCUACAACGAAACUGAAUACGAUCAAGAUUACCGUAGCAGUGAUGCCAAGCAUCCAAAGAGCCGUCAUGCCUAUGCUGGCGAAUACAAUGAAGAAAACUACGCUCAAUCGUAUGACUUCAAGCCUCUCAGUGAGAAACGCCAACGUCAAUUUGCCCAAAAUGCUGGAGCUGACAUUCGUAAUAGCGAUAUCUAUGUUCACGAUUUCGCUGUUGAAUUCUAUGGACCACGCAAAGCUGAAUACAUUGCAACUGUUGCCUAUGCCGACAGUCCAGUUGAUGAAAAGACUCGCUUCCUUUCAUUCUUCCAUGCCAACCCAUACAAGUAUCCUCAACGUCAAGCUUGCUUGUCUGCCUACAGCCGUUAUCCCAACGUACCAGCAAUGAACUUCUUGAAUGCCUUGAAAUAUGAUGCCAACUCUCAAUUUGCACUCCAAUUCAACUAUGGAGAAAAAUGCAAGGGUGGAUAUCAAAUUUCCAUGAAGAGCAAAUUCGAAAAGACUGAAGAACGUAAAUAUCACUUGCAACGUUCUCCCAUGGGACAAGAAUGCCAACGUCAAAUGAACCAAGGACAUUACUUGAUGCCAGCCUGUCAAAAUGUCACAAAACGCGCCAACUUCUUCGACAAAUUCUCUGCUAACAUUCAAUACAACUUGCCAUCAUCCUUCAAGAGUUACGUCACCAAGAUGUACUUCAACUUGCAACACGAAUUUGAUCUCUUGCAAUAUGCUGAACAAGAAUUCCACAAAGUUAGCAACAAGGAAAACAAAUUGUACAUUGAAUACCAAUUCGAACCUGACAUGCGCUCUGCCAACGUUAGUUUGCAAGCACCUGAAUAUGAAGCUGAAUACAGCAACAUGCACUUUGACAACAACUACGUCAGACGUUUGUUCACAGUUCAUCCAACUAUGUCGGCUGCUGAACGUAUGCAAUAUGCCUACACUCGCGAUCAAUUCUAUGGAAAAUGUACCGUUGGACAAAAGAUGAUCAACACCUUCGAUAACCGUACUUUUGAAUUCGAAUUCGGAAAAUGCUGGCAUGUCGUUGCAACCAAUGCUGAAAAGAUCCCUGAAAAUCUUGAAGAACAUGAAGAAAAGAACAAGCACAGAUAUUUCUAUGACCAAGAUCAAGAGUUCGCCAUCUUGAUGCGUGAUGCCUCCGAUGACCAAAAGGAAUUGAUGAUUGUCUUGGGACGUGAAAGCGAACCAGAUUACGUUAUCCGUGUCACACCCAAUGGCAAGGACUACCCACACUUCUUCAUCAACGAGAAACAACAACAAAUCUCCGAGAAAUACGCCGUUGAAUUGUACACUAGCGAAGAAAACAGAUACGAACAACCCUUGUUCCGUGCCUAUGCUUUGCCAAGUGGCGAAAUCAAGAUGGACAUCCGUGACGACCAAAUGGAAUUGUUCUAUGAUGGAUAUCGUGCACGCUUCGAUGCCAACGAAUACUACCAAGACUACGUUCGUGGUGUUUGCGGAACCUACAACGGUGAUGGUGAAGAUGAUUUCAUGUCGCCACAAAACUGCGUUCUUCGUUCACCCAAACACUUUGUUCACUCUUGGGCUCUUACUGAUGAAGAUUCGUGCCAAGGACAUGCUAAGGCUUACCAAUUGGAAGCUGAAAAGGCAGAAUGCUACGAAGUUACUCACGAAUAUGGACACAUGUACAACUACACUUUCCACGAAUAUCCUCAAUUCAGAAAGCCACGUGUUGACUUAGACGAUAGCGAUUCCGACUCUGACUCAAGCGACUCAUCAGAUUCCAGUGACUCAAGCGACUCUUCGGAUUCCUCUUCGGAAGAAAAGAGAAAGAAGGACGACGAUGAUGAUGAUGACGAUGAUGAUGAAAAAGAAAAUGAACUUCGUCCCAAAUCCUACGUCGAAGAAAAGAAAAUGAAAGCUGACAAAUACGACGAAGAAUACGAAAAGUACGACGAUGAAUACAAAAAGAAAGGCAAAGACAGCUAUUACUUCUUCAAAAAGGGAUACAAGUACAGCGGUGAGCCAUGCGAAGUCAAGCAACAAUACCAAUUCGUCGAAUACGAAGGACAAUAUUGCUUCACUUUGCGCCAGUUGCCUGUCUGUCAACCACAUUGCCAAUCCGAGAAAAAGAUUGAACGUAACGUUGAUGUCUUCUGUUUGCCUCGCAAAGAUGCCGAAGCUCAAUCCUACAAAAGACAAAUCUACAACGGACAAGAAGUCGACUUCAAACGCUAUUCCGCCAGCAAAACUUUGAAAUUCUACGUUCCAUCAAGCUGUCGCCGUCAAGGAGCUUCUGCUUAAUUUCUUACCGGCUUUCUAGCAGAUAAUUUUUAAUCAUUUUUUUAUUUAUUUAUUUUUUUAUUAAUUUAUUUACUCCAAUCCAAUCCAAAAUGGCAUGUAUAUUAUCAAUUCUUCUUCUUUUUUAUUUUAAAUAAAUAAAGGCAAAUUAUCGACAAA